AUCUCUUAAAUCCUACCCGUUCAUUUCCUAACCAAGUCACAGCGGCUUGAUUAAAACCUCCACAUCUUCAUCAUUUAUAUUAACUUUAGGGUUUCAGAAAGAGCUUUCCUGUCCACACUGCAGGUCAUAGAGAAACAAAGUUGUAACUGUCGCCGGUAACAGCCUCCUCCGCGCCUGAAAAAGAAUCAUAACAUGACUUUCAAGCGUAGAAAUGGCGGACGCAACAAGCACGGCCGUGGUCAUGUGAAGUUCAUUCGCUGCUCCAACUGCGGUAAAUGCUGCCCCAAGGAUAAAGCAAUUAAGAGGUUUCUUGUGAGAAACAUUGUUGAACAAGCUGCUGUUAGAGACGUUCAAGAUUCUUGUGUUUUUGAUGGAUAUGUGCUUCCAAAGCUGUAUGUGAAGAUGCAAUAUUGUGUUUCAUGUGCUAUUCACUCGAGAGUUGUUCGAGUUCGUUCUAGGUCAGAGCGCAGGAACCGUCAGCCUCCACAGCGUUUUCUGAGGCGCAGGGAUGACGCCCCCAAGCCUGGACAACCUGGUCAGCCUGGUCAAGGAACCCGUCCUGCAGGGGCUGCAGUUGCUACACGACCCUAAGCAUUCAGUGCACUGUGUGAUGAUUUGUUUGAAGUUGCUAGCAAAAUUUUGUGAGGAUUAUUUUGGUAUUUCACUCUUUAGUUAGACCUUAUAAGGAUUAUGUGUUUAAGAUCUCGAAAGCUUUCGGCUAUGAGAAUGCAUUUCGAAAUCACUUGAUUUUCUCUUGUCAUGGUCAUUCCAAAUCUUUACAGGCUGUUUUGCUUAGAACUUGUAUUCAUAUUAUUGAACAAAUAUAUUGGUAUAUUUUUUGAAGGUUGAGGUGGCUGAGAAUGCCUCUGGUUAGUAA